UGCGCAGAAUAGGACAGGGAGUUUUUGAGUGUUAACUCAUCUGAACUAAGUGAAACAUGGUCUGGGUUUGGCUUAGUACGGGAUUACGAUAAAGAAGACCAUCUUUCAAUGUUAAUGCCUUGGUGACUUUUCUAGUAUAUCAAUAAAUCGAUUGAAUCUGCUUGUGAAUUUAAUUUGGUUUAUAUGUAAUUAAUAUGAGUACGUGAAAAAUGCUCAAAAAAAGUAUAAUACGUGAAAAAGGAGAAGAUGCGAAUACAGAGUUUUGAUGUCCAAAUCUCUGUUCAGUUUGCGAUGGUUCUGGGAAGCAUAAUUAUGAAAUUGGAUCUGCUUGAGGAAGUGUAUGACUGAGAACAGCGUAUUAAUUUAUUAGGUUAGAGAAAAGAAGAGAGACUUUUGAAUAUCUUCCACGUUCUAACUACACUCAGUUGAUUUUAGGCAGAACCAGCAAAUCAGUUCUUCCUUUGAGUUUGAGAAAAUGCUUGAUUUUCAAAUUCACAGGGAAGAUUUCUUGGGUGGUUUUAGAUUUGACUAAUCAAGCAAACAGUUAUCCGCGUUUGCCAGUUGAAUCUAAGAUUCAUCUUAACCAGCUUGCACGUAUUCAGAAUUACCUAUUUCUGGGUUCUUAGUCUUCUCUUUCCUUUUCUGGGCUGCUAAGCUUGGGCUCGUGGUUCUUUUAAUUUUGAUUUUGGGCGUGUGGUUCUUUUCUUUGGCAGCUAAGUUUGUUUAUUGUGAUUUGGCUAAUGCUUUGUCUCUACUAUUUUAUUCAGAUUGAAUGUUUGAAUAAUGACAUUGGUUUGUCGGGGACAAAGCUAGGCUGUGGUGAAGGUGGUUGUGGGGCUUGCACAGUUAUGGUUUCUCAUUACAACAAGAGGCUGAAGAAAUGUGUGCAUUAUGCUCUCAAUGCAUGUUUGGCUCCUUUAUACUCCGUAGAAGGGAUGCAUGUAAUUACAGUGGAGGGAGUUGGGAACUGCAGAAGUGGCUUGCAUCCAAUUCAAGAGUCGUUGGCAUGCUCUCAUGGCUCCCAGUGUGGAUUUUGUACUCCUGGGUUUAUCAUGUCAAUGUAUGCACUAUUAAGGUCAAGCCAAAAACCACCCACAGAAGAGGAAAUUGAAGAGUGCCUUGCAGGAAAUUUAUGUCGCUGCACUGGUUACAGGCCAAUUCUUGAUGCAUUUCGAGUUUUUGCCAAAAGUGAUGAUGCAUUAUAUGUUGAUAAUUCUACAGUAAACCUUCAAGGAGGUGAAUUUGUGUGUCCCUCAACUGGUAAACCCUGCUCAUGUACAUCUCAAGCUGUAACUCAUCCUGGAAACUGCAUACAAAAUACAGCUUGUGGUGAGAGGUAUGGACCCGUCUCAUAUAGUGAGGUAAAUGGUAGCACAUAUACAGACAAAGAGUUUAUUUUUCCUCCUGAGUUGUUAUUGAGGAAAUUAACUCCCUUGAAUUUAAGUGGGUUUGGUGGACUCAAGUGGUACCGACCCUUGCAACUCCAGCAGUUGCUGGAGUUAAAAUCAAAAUACCCUGAUGCAAAAUUAUUGAUAGGUAAUACUGAGGUUGGAAUAGAGAUGAGAUUGAAGAGAAUCCAAUAUAAGGUUUUGAUUUCUGUUGCACAUGUACCUGAACUCAAUGUUUUGAAUGUCAAGGAUGAUGGCUUGGAGAUUGGUGCUGCAGUAAGACUUACUGAAAUUAUGCAAAUGCUCAGAAAGGUUGUAAAUGAACGUGUUGCUCAGGAAACAUCUUCAUGUAAGGCCCUUAUUGAACAAUUGAAAUGGUUUGCAGGGACACAAAUAAAAAAUGUUGCAUCUAUUGGAGGUAAUAUAUGUACUGCCAGUCCAAUAUCAGACUUGAACCCACUGUGGAUGGCUGCAAGAGCCAAGUUUCGAAUUGUUAAUUGCAAAGGUCACAUUAGAACAGUCCUGGCAGAAAAUUUCUUCCUAGAUUAUCGGAAGGUGGAUCUUGCAAGUGAUGAAGUUUUACUCUCUGUAUUCUUACCCUGGACUAGGCCUUUUGAGUAUGUGAAAGAAUUUAAGCAGGCUCAUAGGAGGGAUGAUGAUAUUGCAAUUGUCAAUGCUGGAAUGCGUGUCUUUCUUGAGGAAAAAGGAAAAGAACUAGUAGUUUCAGAUGCUUCAAUUGUUUAUGGUGGUGUAGCUCCUCUUUCUUUGUCUGCAAUAAAAGCAAAAGAAUUUCUCAUUGGGAAAAAUUGGAAUCAGGAACUUUUACAGGGUUGUUUGAAAGUCCUAGAAACAGAUAUCUUACUUAAGGACGACGCUCCUGGUGGGAUGGUGGAGUUCCGUAAAUCUUUGACCCUUAGUUUUUUCUUCAAAUUUUUCCUCUGGGUUUCACAUCAGAUGGACAGCAAGAAAUCAAUUGGGAAUAUUAUACCAUUAUCCCAUUUAUCCGCUGUACAACCAUUCUGCCGGCCCUCAGUUGUGGGAAGUCAGGAUUAUGAAAUUAGAAAACAUGGGACAGCUGUGGGUUCUCCUGAGGUUCAUCUCUCAUCAAAACUUCAGGUUACCGGAGAGGCAGAAUAUGCUGAUGAUACUCCAAUGCCUUCUAAUGGUCUUUAUGCUGCAUUAAUAUUGAGCAAAAAGCCACAUGCUCGGAUUGUUUCGAUAGAUGAUUCAGAAGCGAAGUCUUCACCUGGAUUUGCAGGCAUAUUUUUAGCCAAAGAUGUUCCAGGUGAUAAUCACAUUGGCGCAGUGAUUGAUGAUGAGGAGCUAUUUGCUUCAGAGUUUGUCACUUGUGUAGGUCAGGUCAUAGGAGUGGUUGUUGCAGAUACACAUGAAAAUGCAAAACUGGCAGCAAGAAAAGUUUCUGUGGAGUAUGAAGAGCUUCCAGCUAUAUUAUCUAUACAGGAAGCCAUUAAUGCUGAGAGUUUUCAUCCUAACUCGGAGAAGUGUUUGAAAAAGGGUGAUGUUGAACUCUGUUUUCAAUCCGGUAAAUGUGACAAAAUCCUAGAGGGGGAAGUUCAAGUGGGUGGUCAGGAACACUUUUACUUGGAGCCACAGAGCAGUUUGGUUUGGACAAUGGAUGGUGGUAAUGAAGUCCAUAUGAUUUCAUCAACCCAAGCUCCUCAGAAGCACCAGAAGCAUGUGGCCCAUGUUCUUGGCCUUUCAAUGUCAAAAGUAGUUUGUAAAACCAAGAGAAUUGGUGGAGGCUUUGGUGGAAAGGAGACAAGGUCAGCUUUCAUUGCUGCUGCAGCUUCUGUCCCAUCAUAUCUGUUGAAUCGCCCAGUGAAAAUCACUUUAGACAGAGACGUAGACAUGAUGAUUACUGGGCAGCGCCACAGCUUUCUUGGGAAGUACAAGGUUGGCUUUACAAAUGAUGGAAAAGUCCUUGCAUUAGACCUUAAAAUCUACAAUGGUGCUGGAAAUUCUCUGGACCUGUCUCUUGCUAUUCUUGAACGUGCCAUGUUUCAUUCUGAAAAUGUCUAUGAGAUACCAAAUAUCAGAAUACUGGGGAGGGUUUGCUUCACUAAUUUUCCUAGUCACACUGCCUUCAGAGGAUUUGGGGGCCCUCAAGGAAUGCUUAUAGCUGAGAAUUGGAUUCAAAGAGUUGCUGUAGAACUCAACAAAAGCCCAGAAGAGAUAAGGGAAACCAAUUUCCAAGGUGAUGGAUCAAUAACGCAUUAUGGCCAACAACUUCAAUACUGUACACUAACCCAGCUCUGGAAUGAACUGAAGUUAUCGUGUAACCUUAUGAAGGCUCGUGAAGACACUAAACAAUAUAAUCUUCAUAAUCGAUGGAAAAAGCGGGGUGUUGCUUUGGUACCAACAAAAUUUGGCAUAUCCUUUACAACAAAGUUCAUGAACCAGGCGGGUGCUCUGGUUCAUGUCUACACAGAUGGAACUGUUUUAGUUACGCAUGGAGGGGUUGAGAUGGGGCAGGGUUUACAUACAAAAGUAGCUCAAAUAGCUGCUUCUGUCUUUAACAUCCCUCUCAGUUCUGUGUUCAUAUCUGAAACAAGUACUGACAAGGUACCUAAUGCAUCACCAACAGCAGCUUCUGCAAGCUCUGAUAUGUAUGGAGCUGCAGUAUUGGAUGCAUGUGAGCAGAUAAAGGCACGGAUGGAGCCUGUUGCUUCAAAACAUAAUUUCAGCUCAUUCGCUGAGCUCGCAAGUGCAUGCUAUAUUCAGCGAAUAGAUCUUUCUGCUCAUGGAUUUUACAUUACACCUGAGAUUGGCUUUGAUUGGAGCACUGGUAAAGGAAAUCCAUUUAGGUACUACACCUAUGGGGCUGCAUUUGCUGAGGUUGAAAUUGAUACAUUGACUGGAGAUUUCCACACAAGGGCAGCAGAUGUUAUCUUGGAUCUUGGGUAUUCACUCAAUCCAGCCAUUGACGUUGGACAGAUUGAAGGAGCAUUUAUACAAGGCCUGGGAUGGGUAGCCUUGGAAGAGCUAAAGUGGGGAGAUUCAGCCCAUAAGUGGAUACGACCAGGCUGGUUGUAUACAUCUGGACCUGGAGCUUAUAAGAUUCCUUCCAUAAAUGAUGUGCCGUUCAAAUUCAAAGUUUCACUUCUAAAGGGUCAUCCAAAUGUAAAAGCUAUCCAUUCAUCUAAAGCUGUUGGUGAGCCUCCAUUUUUUCUUGCUUCGGCCGUCUUUUUUGCCAUCAAAGAUGCUAUUAAGGCUGCAAGAGCAGAAGUUGGGCAUCACGAGUGGUUUCCUCUUGAUAAUCCGGCGACACCUGAACGUAUCCGGAUGGCUUGUUUAGAUGAAUUCACAGCUCCGUUUAUAAACUCCGACUACCGCCCCAAGCUUAGUGUUUGAUAAGCUAGUGUAGUGGCCAUUAUUGCUUGGUUGUUGCAUCAUUGGCAUGUAUCUUGAUCAUGCAGCUUUGUAAAUACAGUGACAUUUUCCGGAACAGUGUAUAAAAAUAAAAUAAUCACAAAUCCAGGUCAAAUGAGAAAAUGGGAUGAUUCAAUUGUUACUA